AUGGCCGCCCACGGUGUACAGAGGUUCCUAUCAAGGCGCGAUGGCAAGCGCAACCACGGUCGAGACAGCCAUGAGCAUUCAGGAUUGCUCAGCAAAAAGCAGCCUCCCUUUGCAUCAAGUCCAGAGUUGAUGUCGAAGCCCUUCGACCCAGCAUCGGCUGCCGACUUUUAUGGCCUGUUUGACGCCCAGGGCACUUCAGCCAACCAAGUCGAAGAGCAAAAGAUCAAAACACUCCGCCACCGCUUGCUGAGUUCCAAAGGCGUCAUCUUGAGAAACGCCCAGCUGCUCUGGGCUUUGCACUCGAAUGCAGCAAAUGGUGAUGUGGACGCCGCAUACGACCUCCUCCACGCCAUGUCUGACGCUUCGGAGGGUAUUGUCACCAGUUAUGAUCCCAGGGUAAGAUUGUUAGGCGCACAGAAUAGACAAGGAGUCACCUGCUUUCUUGACGCCACGCUCUUUUCGAUGUUCUCGCGCCUUGACAGUUUCGAGGCCAUGCUGUACAACUCUUUCGAUGACCUUCCACGCAACAAACUUGGAUUCCUGCUGCGAGUAUGGGUCAAUUUGCUGCGCAAUGGCAAGCUCAUCACCACCGACAUUACCAAAGUGCUGCAGGAGGCUCUAGCAGAGUGCGGCUGGCGAGAGGCUGCGGAAUUACAUCAACAAGAUGCAUCGGAGGCUUUCACUUUUAUCACGGGUGUGUUAGAACUUCCACUUUUGACUUUGAAAAUGGACAUAUACCAUACCGGCAAAGAAGAUACCAACGACGAUCACAAGUUCAUCAACGAGAGACUUCUCGAAGUCGCCAUCCCCCCACCUGAGCCGACAGACGAACACAAAGUGAUCACGCUCGAGGAAUGCCUUGAAGACUAUUUCAACAACCGCAUCGAAGUUAGAAGAUACAUGGAGCGGAGGUCGACGCUGAGCUCAAUACGGAAAACGAGCGCUGUUCACGUCGAGACUGUCGAGAUAGAUCCUGACUCGUCGAGCCCCUCCACUCCUGUCGUCUCGCCGAUAGGCUUACCUCCCGAGCGACCAGUAAAUCGUAUGCGUACCCCAAGCAUCAUCCAAGAACGUUAUGUUCCCAUCCGAGGGGAGAGUGGCUCGUCGUCGCUUGUUGGAAUUGAUUCCAAGGACUCUGUCGGGAGAUUACGAGCCGGAAGCGUGCGGAAAGAGGUGAUGAUGCCGGCAUGGCAAUUUUUCAGCCUUAUACCAUGGUACACAGACAAUGCACCAACCAAUGAUGCCCAGGUCGCCGCCCAUUUCUCGUCCAAACGACCCGUCCUGGGUCUUUGUCUCAAGCGAUAUACGAUGACGCCUGAAGGCAGAGCCAUCCGGUUGGACACCCAGAUUGAUAUUCCUGUCGAGAUCGGGGUGCCUCACUUCAUCCAGGACGAGCAUAUGGAAGAGACCGGGUCGCUUUCUGGUAACUUCAAGUUGUCAUUGCAGUCUGUGGUGUGUCAUCGAGGCACCUCGGUUGACUCAGGUCAUUAUAUCGCACUUGUGCGAGGCACACCACCUCCAAAUUCGUCAAACAGUGUCUCGUCCACGACCCCAACCGCAACUUGGAUGAGAUUUGACGAUCUCGCGCCCUCGCGAAUCACCGUGGUCGAUAUCGAGAAGGCUCUACGAGAGGAGACCCCUUAUUUGCUAUUCUACCAGAUUGUACCCAUCGACGGUGACCCCGGACAUAUCACUUCUGGUGAGGAGACUGUCCUAUCAGCAGCCUCUGAGAGGAAUGCGUCCGUAAGUGAGGUUUCGAGCGUGUCUGUUUUAAGUGGAAACCAAAACACAUCCGGAAGACCAAGCUUCGAGGUUUCGCCAGCAGAUGAUGAUCGCGGACGGUCACCUGUCGAUUCUAGAAGAAUGAGUGCCAUCUCACUCUCGGAGCGACCCUCGGAGCCAGUAAGCGAGACGGCAUUGAAUGUUCCGAAAGACACGGAAAAACAUAUCAGGACCGAACGUCUGAGCGGGUCAUAUGCACGAAACAACGUGACUGGGUUGGGUCGAACACUGUCGAAACUAGCCAAGAGGAAGAGUCGCGAGGUUCAGCUAAAUGCCGUUGAGGAUGAACACCGUCCGGAGAUCCAUGUUACGGAACUGAGUCAGCCAUCAUUGACGGAUAAGUCAGACCAGAUAUUGAAUGCCACACACCACGAGCACAACAAAGGUCAUAGGAAGGAGAAGAGUCGAAGUCGGCUUGCCAGGAGCAAGAUUCGGGGAGAAAAACCAGACAGAGAAUGUGUUGUGAUGUGA